AGGAACUCCUGGUCCUACCUCCAGGCCAUUGGGGAUAUAAAAAACCUCUUUUAUUCUCGAAUGAGGAGUGUCUUCUACCAGAAGGACAUCAUCUAUGGGCUGACUCCUGAGGGCCGCUGGAACCACUGGGCCUGCCAGCUCGCCCAUCAGCACACAGACCGAGUGAUCGAGUUGAGGAAGGCAUGUCUUCAAGAGGAGGGAGAGAUGGAGGAGGUCAGGAGAAAGAGGCACUUGGACUUCCUGGACAUCCUCCUCUUUGCCAGAGUGAGUAAUGGGAGCUGCUUGCCUGGCAAGGACAUCCGUGCCGAGGUGGACACAUUCAUAUUUGGGGGCCAUGACACCACAGCCAGUGGCAUCUCCUGGAUCCUCUACUCUCUGGCUGCACACCCUGAGCAUCAGCAUAGGUGCCGUAAGGAGAUCCAAAGUCUACUGGGGGAUGGCACCUCCAUCACCUGGGAUCAGCUGGAUCAGAUGCCCUAUACCACCAUGUGCAUCAAGGAGGCACUGCGACUCUAUCUGCCUGUACCAUUUAUUAGAAGAGAGCUCAACAGGCCAGUCACCUUCCCUGAUGGACGCUCCUUACCCAGAGGAAUCAAACUCUCACUUUUUUUUUAUGGUCUUCACCACAAUCCGAAGGUGUGGCCCAACCCAGAGGUGUUUGACCCUUCCCGUUUUGCACCAGGUUCUGAUCUACACAGCAAUGCUUUCCUGCCCUUCUCAGGAGGACCGAGGAACUGCAUUGGGAAGAAUUUUGCCAUGAAGGAGAUGAAGGUGGCCGUGGCAUUGACCCUGCUUCACUUUGAGCUAGCUGUGAAUCCAUUUAGAGUCCCCAUCCCAGUACCAAAAGUUGUUUUGAGUUCCAAGAACGGAGUCCACCUGCAGCUGAGGAAGUUGCUCUAA